AUGCCUCCGAACGGAGGUGCCGCCUCUCUUCAGGCUAAGAUGAACAGGCAGCGACAGCUGGCGCUGGAGAGGCAGCGUGUGUCUGCCAGGAAGCAACUUGGCGCCGGCGUGAUCGCCAGCUCAAACCCCUUGAUGCAGAGUUCACCUUUCCGGGGGGGAGAUUGGGAUCAGAUCGUCCCCGACAAGUUGGGAAUAUCGCCCAGUGCCAAGAAAGAGACCAGGUCGCCUGGUGACUUCCAGACAGCGCCAAAUUCUCCUCAGGAUUCCAGCCCUACAGAGCGCAGCGAGCUACCGACGACGGUGAAGAGCGGUUCGAAGGCGGACUUUGAUGAUGCUCUAGAUGGCUUAGCUGAGGAGCUGCUACUGGACGAUCGGCACCCCGGAGUCGGUCCGCUCAAAAGAGCCGCGGAGCCAGGUGGCCUAGGCAGUUCUUCGCCAUCUCGGCCCUUUGGGCAGCCGGCUGCGGAAAUGCGGGUCAUCGGACCAAAGCCGGGCUCAAACGCCUGGGGUGGGGACGCGCCACACAAGGCUGGCGUCCACCCGAACGGGUCCAGCCUCACGGGGAUCGACGAGGACAGCGUCUUAGAGGGAUCCCUGGAGCCCUCGGGUGUCCGAGGCGUCGGCUUUCAAGGCCGGUUUAGCAAUCGGAAGCAGCAGACGCUUGUCCUCGAUGAAGACCAUCCGGAGGCUGCUGUUGGGCCGAUCCACGCAAACAACGGCCUGCGGCCCCCGAUUACACCUCCUGCGCAGCCCGGAAAGUCCUGGGAUUUAAACGUGGAGGUGCACGAGCCCAAGACGGAUCCAGGCAGGCGCAGCAAAGCUGGGGGCAAGUCCUGGUGGCCGUUCAGUGGGGCAAACGGAGGAGGCCCUGAAGGUAAAGAAGAGGUCAUCACGGAGAUCUCUUCUUUCACCUUUGACUGA